AUGUCUACUGUCAGAUGCUUGAUUAGUCUUGCUGCUAGCAGAAACUGGAAAUUGUUUCAGCUGGACAUAAACAAUGCUUUUCUCCAUGGCACACUUGAUGAAGAGGUUUACAUGAAAGUGCCUGAAGGUGUGACAGCUCCUCCUGGUUUUGUUUGCAAACUUAAUAAAUCUCUAUAUGGUCUUAAGCAGGCAUCAAGACAGUGGGUUGCUAGACUCCACCAAGAACUCAAGUCUCAAGGUUUUCACCAAUCCAAGAAUGACUAUUCAUUGUUCAUUAAGAACACUUCAUCAGAUAUCACUGUGGUUGCAGUUUAUGUUGAUGAUAUCAUCAUCACUGGGUCUAAUGAAUCUGUCAUUACUGAUCUAAAGAACCAUCUUCACCAUACUUUUAGCAUCAAAGAUCUUGGUGUUCUUAAUUUCUUCCUUGGGAUUGAAGUUAGUCAUACAUCUGAAGGAUACAUUCUCACACAGAAGAAGUAUACCAAAGAGUUACUUCAAGAUUGUGAGUUGGAUAUAUCUAAGCCUGCUGUCACCCCCUUUCCACUCAAUCUUAAGCUCUCUAAUGAAGGUGAAGAUUAUCCCAAUGCUGAACUCUACAGGUGCUAUGUAGGGAAACUGAAUUUUUUAACUCAUACUAGACCUGAUAUAUCUUUUGCAGUUCAAACUCUCAGCCAAUUCAUGCAUUCUCCCAAGUACCAGCAUAUUGAUGCUCUCUCUCACACUCUUAGAUAUAUUAAUAGCACUGCUGGUCAAGGGAUUUUGUUGAAAGCAACUGACAAACUUACUCUUCAAGCAUUUUCUGAUUCAGACUGGGCUGCUUGCCCUACUACAAGAAGAUCUGUCACAGGGUAUGUUCUUCUUCUUGGCAACUCACCUAUCAGUUGGAAAUCCAAGAAGCAAUCUACUAUUUCUAAGAGUUCCUCUGAAGCUGAGUAUAGAGCAAUGUCUCAUGCUGCUGGUGAAGUGACUUGGAUCAUUCGAUUACUUGAAGAACUAGGUGUCACUGAUCUCAAGCCAGUUGUUCUGCAUUGUGACAAUCAGUCUGCCAUACACAUAGCCACCAAUCCAAUCUUUCAUGAAAGGACAAAACACAUUGAAGUGGAUUGUCAUUUCACUAGGGAUAAGGUAUUGGAUGGUUUACUCCAAUUAAGUUAUCUUCCCACUCAAAAUCAGCUUGCUGAUCUCUUCACUAAAGUCCUUCCUGGUGCUCAACACAGAAAUCUAUCUAGCAAACUAGCCAUACAUCAGCACAACAACAACAGCAACAACCACAUCAAUGCUCUAAAGUCCAAGCAAGCUUCUAGAAGAUUUCCUAACUGA